UGUGGUCUUUAAGGGCACCCCAUCCAAAGCUUUAUUUAGGGACCAUUUUGAUGAUGUGGAUGAUAUUUUUUGAAAUCGUGAUUGAGAUGUUGAGAUUAUUUGAUGAAAAAUUCUAGUAUCAAAUUUUAAAUUUAGGAUUAUUAUAUUUGAAGAUUAUUCCCAAACUUCUUGGUUCCUCCCUCAAAAUAUGAAAUUUUAAAGGUCACAAGCACUAAAUUUGAACUUGGUUUCCAUUGCACCCAGGGGCGAAGCUACGGGGUGCCCAGGCUAGGCCAUGGCCCACCCCAAAUUUUAAAAAUGUUAAUAUUUUUAGUUUAAAAAAUUUCGUGUAAAUUUUUUUCCAAAAACAUUCUUUGUACCGGUUCAGUCUGGCCCAGUGUCGUGACUCCGCCCCUGCCUGAUUGUGAAGUUAGAAAAAACUCUAAAAAGAAAUAAUAGCAGCUCUGCACCCUCUUGACAAUGAAUUGUAAGCUAAGUAUCAAAGAAAAGAUGGAACAAGAAUUGAUGGUAUAUUAAGCAUUAUAAAUAUUCCAUAAAAAAGUUGAAAAGUAAAGUAAUGUGUUUUGUGUUAAUUUGUAGUUUAUUUGAUGGGUAGUUGUAAUUCAGUAGAGUUGAGCCAUUGAAAACUGCACAAGAAAGAGGAAUCAGUGACUCCAGUUUGUUUUCCUUGACCAUAACUUUGCAGGUGAUAGAAGUAUAGAACGGUCUCAAAACUAACGGUGUCGUUUUAAUAACCUUGAAAUGGCACAUGCCUAUUCAAAGAUGGUGUUACCAAACUGCCGGUCAAGUUGAUUUAUUUUCUGGGCAGCGCGAUGUCGGCGUAGUUGUCUUGAACUGUUGCAGGCUCUGUCCGGCCACAAAAAGCUUGUUACCUCCCAGGGUUCCAGUCAGACCAAAUGCAACAUCUGGCUUUAAUGAUAAAGCUGUUAAAACAUAUCAGCCAAUACACAUCAAUUAGAAAGAGUACAUUGACAUGCUCUUACAGUACAGCUGUUCGAUCUCCUCUAGUGUCCAGCCAAGGCCGUCUGAAGAAGAUUGUAUCUGCAGGUCUAGGAUCACCCAAGUUUUCAGGAAAUGAUGGUGAAGGUGAACACAAACGACAAAUAGGAGAACAUGUUUCAAGAAAGGAUAAGAUCAGCAUUCUGGUAGAGACGCUUCUAGACCUAAAAGAUAGUAAAGAAGGUAUCUACACUGCCCUGGAUGCCUGGGUUGCAUGGGAGCCGAACUUCCCAAUUGGAUCCAUAAAGCACAGGUGUUACUGAAACUCGAGAAAGAGCAACAGUGGCAUAGAGUUAUCCAAGUUAUAAAGUGGAUUUUAAGCAAGGGACAGGGCAACACUAGAGGUACUUAUGCGCAGUUAAUUCUAGCAUUAGAUAUGGAUCAUAGGGCGAAGGAAGCACGUGAGAUUUGGAGGAAAAACAUUGGGUCGGACCUACAUUCGGUGCCAUGGUCAUUGUGCAGUCUCAUGAUGUCAGUAUAUUAUCGAAAUGAUAUGCUGGAGGAUCUUGUAAAGCUGUUCAAGGGCUUGGAAGCAUUUGGGCGUAAACCGCCGGAGAAGUCUAUAGUACAGAAAGUUGCUGAUGCAUAUGAAACGUUGGGCUUGUCCAGAGAUAAAGAAUGCGUGAUGGAGAAGUAUAAGGAUCUGUUCACUGAGACACUGGAUGGACGGUCCAAGAAAUUUAAGGGAUUUCGGGCGGCCAAGAAGAAAGGAGAAGCAAAGAAGGAAUAUUGAAAAUGUAGUUAUUUACUUAUGUACACUUCUGUACAUCUUCAUUCUACGUCUUCUUGAAGUUAAGUAGUCAAUUAUUUUGGCACAUGCCAACUGGCCCUAGUUUAUGCGAGACCUUACUUGUGUGUGUGUGUGUAUACCGAGGCUUUUAAAAUGAGAAACCUUUAACAACGUAAGGUAAUUACAUAACAGACCUUUUUGAAUUCAAAGUAAUUACAGAAA